AUGUCGAUUCAGCCGCUGAUCACUUUCAAGGCGGGCCAGUGCGAGCUUACCGCUAAGAACGGUACUCAGCAGACGGUUAAACCUAUCAGGACGCCCGGAUAUGUCUACCUCUACCAGGGCGAAGAUGAGUUCGUCCACUUCUGCUGGCGACCCCGCGAAGCGUCCCUCGAGGAAUCGGAGCUAGACCUCAUCAUGAUCCCUGGUGAUGGCGCCUUCCAACCCUACACCGGCAAAGACUCCGUCGAAGACUCCGAGAACGUGCAGUCGCCUACCGAUGGUCGUAUCUUCGUCCUCAAGUUCACCUCCAGUUCACAGCGCUACCUCUUCUGGUUACAAUCCAAGUCGCAGCACCCGAGAGGCGACGCGAGCUGGUUCAGCGAGCGCGACCAGAAAGUCGGACAAAUUGUGGAUCUGCUGCUGAGUGGAGAAGAGAUCGAUGUCCAGGGCGAGCUCGCAAGCGUCCAGAACCCUGCUUCUGGUGGCGACGAUGAUGACGAGAUGAUGGAGGAUGCAGAUGAUUCGACUAGCCGAGAUCGCAGUAGCAGUACCGGAGGUGCGGGGGCUGGUGCCACAGGCGGUGACAUCAGAGAAGAGGGCGCAGGGUCACGAGAAGGCGGCGCUGAUGGAGGUCGAGCAGCGGCAGACACGGAUGUCUCCUCCAUCGUGCAGAACUUCAUGAACUCCCUGAAGGGCAGUGGUGGUAGCGGCAGUGGUGGCGACAGCGGGAGUUCUCAAUCUAGAGGCGAAUUCGCAACUCUUCUCGACCUGUUAUGGCCUACACACACGCUACCGACCAUCGAAAAAGCCCCGGACUCCAUCAUCGAUGCCCUCUGCGCACAAUUACCUACAACGCCCUUCCUCAUCGAAGCUGAAGUCGAAGACAUCGACCAGAUUGACCCCAACUCCGAAACCGCGCAGAUGGCUAUGCAGACGCUGGAUCAAGACCAAAAACGAGAAGUGUUGAAAAACAUCCUUCGCGCACCGCAGUUGCGUGCGGCGCUCGGGAGUCUGACGGAAGCGCUACAGACAGGUGCUCUGCCGACUGUUAGCCAGGGGCUCCAGAUCGAUGUUGCCAAUGGUGGAUACAUGAGGGGUGGGGGCAUGCCGUUGGGCGGUGGGGAGGCAAUCAAAGCGUUUUUGGAGGGCGUCAAGAAGACUGCAGAGAAGGAGAAGAAAGGGGAUGAUGAGAUGGACAUGAGCUGAACGGUGAUCCAAAAGAGCGGGAUGAAACGCAUGAUAUGAUAUCUGCCUAUUAUAUGCAUGAGUGGUACACUAGUUGAGUGUACAUAACGAAGCAGAUGCAUAAUGAAAAGGUCAACGUACAUUCAUUCAACCAUUCUCUUAUCACAUCUUGUUGUCAU